CUGGAGGUAUUUGGUGACAACCGCAACGUCAAAGCGGGUUUUGUGUAAAUUGGGUGCAGCUCGGUCGCGGAAAGUCUUGGAUUUUUUUCCUUUUUCCCCGUUUAUUUCCGAAACUGUGUGGUCUAAAUGGCGCGCUAUCCUAUAGCAAACGCAAACUCAAUUAUUUAACGCCCCCUAGGCCGCUAGAAACAGCGAAAAGUGCACUUGUGACACGCUGAGCUGACAUACCGACACUUGAAUUCGUGUGUGAAAAUAUGGAAAAGUGAAUUUUAUUUAUCAGUUUCUGGUGUUAUGGUUUCGUGUAUGCCAGGGGAAAACGUGUGCUUUUAUUUGCUAACUGCUUGACGGCCGAUUGAUUGAUCGAAAAUGAUGUCCUUUACGCCGGCAAAAACGAAAACGACUUUUACAAGUUAUGUUGACGGCCCGAAGGCCGUAAAUGGAUGCGAGUCGGGUUCCGCGGAAGAUGUAAAGGCCAAGCUGCUGGAAGGUGAGAUUGAGGUGGCACGUGCUUAUGCCCAACUGUUUGCGCCGGCUACCAAAAUGACAGACGAUGGGGGAGUGCCGGGUGUACUUGUAGUUACAAACUACAAACUCUCCUUUAUUCCGAAUGAGUCUAAAGAGAUGUAUCCGGCCUACCAAGAAAACAUGUUCGUCGGGAGAAAUGACGUUACACUUAGUAAUAUUGACCACAUAUACCAAAUAACAGAGAAAAAAAAGAAACGAAUUACAUCGCAACAGAAAAUCAGCUCUAAAAUUGAGGCUAUCCAUAUAAUUUGUAAGAAUUUUCGUUUCCUCAAAUUUAGCUUCAAAGGCACAUCCAAAGAACAGGGGCGCAUCAUAGCUUCAUCUUUAUUGCAGUUUGCCUUCCACACGCGGCACGAUUUGUCGUUUGCAUAUCGAUACAAGGAUAGUUAUUACCGAACGAUGAAGUCAACGGUGACGAUGUUUAACAAUAAAAGCGAUUGGUCACGAGAAUUGAUCCGCUGCGGUGCAACUGAGUGGAAAGUGGUUUCCACUGACCAAACAGUACAAAAAUCUAAAUUGUUACCUGCACAUUUCGUCAUCCCCAAAUGUGUUGCCAUCGAUGAAUAUUUGAAGAAAGCAGAGUCAUUUUAUGACUCACGUAUUGCAUUUUGGGUCUAUAGUUAUGACAACGCUUCACUAGUAAGAAUGGCUGAAUUGCAACCAGAUCAAGAAAAUAUGAUAGAGAACACAACAUUAGAGUCGAUACGAAAAUGUGAUCCCCGUAAGAAAUCGUUAGAAAUCAUAAAUUUGGGAGAACGCCUUCCUUCUAUUCACGACGUACAGCGAGGAUAUAUUAAGUUCCGAGAACUGUGCACGCCUGAUACACCGCGGCAUUUCCUACUGCAAGAUGCAAAAUUCUAUAGUCUUUUAGAAAAGUCGUGUUGGUUGCUGUAUGUGUCCUUAUGUCUGAAAUGUGCUAAAGAAGCAGCGGAGAGCCUACGUGAUGGAACUACAGUUGUCUUGCGUGAAAACAAUGCACGUGAUAUGUGCUGUGUGAUUUCUAGUUUAGUACAGAUUAUACUUGAUCCGUAUUUUCGCACUAUCGACGGUUUCCAGUCGCUUGUUCAGAAAGAGUGGGUGGCUCUCGAGCAUCCAUUUGCAUUUAGAUUAGGACAUGUUAUAAUACCUGAAGUGGAAAACGAAAGUCCCUUAUUGCUGUUGUUUUUGGACUGUGUAUGGCAACUGUUACAGCAAUAUCCUGAAGAGUUUGAGUUCAGUCAAACUUAUUUAACAACGAUAUGGGACUCUGCCUUUAUACCUAUAUUUGAUACAUUCCAAUUCAAUUCAGAACGCGAAAGGAUACAAGCCGCGACUUGCAAGGAAUCGAAGCUUGUACUGCGGCCUAUCUGGGAUUGGAAUGAGCAAUUCAGCGAGACCGACAAAUUGUUCUUCACAAAUCCUUUCUACACCAAAAAACAGGACGGUUGCCGGAGAUCGGUUGCUCUUCCGGCCAAUGCAAUCCUUCUUCCAGGCUUCCCAAAGAAACCAAUGAGAUUUACAAUGAAUCCAAAUGAACUUAAUCAGUCGUCCAUUCCGAAGGACCAAUACUUAAAUCCUCGAUGCGGCGUCGCUGAUCUAGAAAUUUGGCAACAGUGCUAUUACCGCUGGAUACCAAUUCUUGAAAUCAAAAACGGCGGAUUCCCACAAAUCGAACUUUUCCAACGACUUCUCUUACGAAAUAUUUCGAAACUGCAAAGAGCCAUUGAAACUGGAGACUAUGAUGAGUUGCCCGAUGAAUUGACGACACCGACAAAUAGUCCUGUUAAACAACAAAUGAUGCCUGCUACGAACUCAUUCUUUCCAUUUAGCACAAAUGUUUGUGAUGCAACGCAAUUAACCGACAUUUUAACGCAUAGCAAUGAACUGUUAAUGGAAGGAUCGAUAAUGGAUCGAUUGUCAAUAGCACAGCUUCCCGAUUAGGGUUAGACUAGGAGGAACUUAUUUAUUUACAUGUAGAACGAGAUGUGUGAAUGUGUGAUUUAUAUGAAAAUGGAAUAGCAAUGGUAAUGAAACUACGUAGCCUUGAUUUUAUUAACUUUUGAAAUUAGAUAAAUGAUUAUUAUAUUCAUCGCGUUUUGAAGAGAAGUAUUAAACGGCUAUUUGUGAAACAAGAUUACUUUAUGUAUAUUAUAUUACUAAUGUUAUAUCAAAAUAAUUUAAGUGUACAGAAACGCAAUUUAUAGCUUUUAUUUGUUGAAGUAAAAAAAGAAAAUGUUACAGAUAA